UUUUAUUUAUAUAAAAAAAUGAUGAACCUUUAUAGUCUAACUUUACUAUAACCAACAUGUAUAGUAAAAGCAAUAUAUGGUAAUUUUUCAGGUCCAAAAGCAUAAGAAUUAGCAGUAGCAAAAGGCAAAAUAUUAGAAAUAUUAUCUCCAGACGAAGAAACAGGUAAAUUAAAAACUGUACAUUCUGAAGAAGUAUUUGGCUUAAUAAGAACAAUUUCAACUUUUCGUUUACCUGGUUUUAAAAAAGAUUACAUAAUAAUAGGUUCUGAUAGUGGACGAAUUGUAAUUCUAAAUUAUAAUAAAAAAAAGGGCGAAUUCGAAAAACUUCAUUAAGAAACAUAUGGUAAAACAGGUUGUAGAAGAAUAGUUCCAGGUCAAUACAUUGCAGUAGAUCCAAAAGGAAGAGUAUGUAUGAUCGCAGCAUUAGAAAAAUAAAAGUUUGUAUUUAUAUUAAACAGAGAAAAUGAUAAACUAACUAUAUCUUCACCUUUAGAAGCACAUAAAUCACACACUAUAUGUUAUGAUAUUUGCGGAAUCGAUGUAGGUUAUGAAAAUGCUUAAUUUGCAUGUAUAGAAUGCGAUUAUGGAGAAAAGGACUAAAAAGAUUCUCCUAUGAAUAAUGGAAUAAUAUAAAAAUAAUUAACAAUUUAUGAAUUAGAUUUUGGUUUAAAUCAUGUAGUAAAAAAAUCUUCUGAAAAUGUUCCUGAAAGCGCUCACCUAUUAAUUUCAAUUCCAGGAGGUUAAGAAGGUCCAGGAGGUGUAGUAAUUGUCUGUGAAGACUUUUUAAUAUAUAAAGGUACUAAGGGAGAGCGUAUAUGUUAAUUUCCAAAGAGAUUUUCUGCUGAUACAAACAGUAAAAUUAUGAUAAAUACUUUUGGUUUCCACAAGCAAAAAGAAUUUUUCUUUUUUUUAUUAUAAACUGAACUUGGAGAUUUAUUCAAAUUAGAAAUUUAAAGUACAAAAGAUGAUGUUCAUAGUAUUUCUUUGUAAUAUUUUGACUCUAUACCCCCUUCGAUAUCUAUUUGUGUAAUGCGAAAUGGUUAUUUAUUUGCUGCUUGUGAAAAAGGGAACCAUUUAUUAUACAGAUUCAAGUCCAUAGGAGAAAAAGAAGCCAACUCAGUCAGAACAGAUUCAACUUAAGAUUAAAAAAUGCCAGUCUUAUUUAUCCCUAGAAAGUUGAAAAAUCUCCAAUAAGUAGAUUAACUUGAAAAUCUAUCAGCGAUUUCCGAUAUUAAAGUAAGCGAUUUGACAGGAGAAGGCCAUCCAUAAAUAUAUACAUUAUGUUCAGCUGGAUAUAGAAGUUCUUUAAGAAUUUUAAGGCAUGGAUUGUAGGUAAAUGAAGUUGCAGCUUCUAGAUUACCCGGUGUUCCUACAGGAAUAUGGACUAUAAAAAGUAGAUAUGAUGAAAAUUUCUCUAAAUAUAUAAUUUUGAGUUUUUCUAAAUAAACUUUAGUGCUAUCUAUUUCUGAUAGAGUAUAAUAAGUAACUGACUCAGGAAUUGAUUUGAAUAAAUAAACUAUUCAUGCAAAUCUUUUAGAAGAUAAUGCCAUUAUUUAAGUAAUGCCAGAUGGUUUUAGACAUAUUAGAGUAGAUAAAAGAGUUUAAUAGUUAAAAACAGAAGGAAAAAUUGUCAAAGCUGUAUCUAAUUAAAAAUAAAUCGCGAUUUCUUUGCAAGGAGGUGAUAUUAUUUACUUUGAACUUGAUUACGCAGGACAAUUAAUUGAAGUUGCAAAAACAAAUCUUCAAGAAGAAAUUGAAUGCAUGGAUAUAGGAGAAGUACCAUUUGGAAGAUAAAAAUCUAAAUUUUUAUCUGUAGGCUGUAGUGAUCAUUCCGUACGAAUUUUAUCAUUAGAAAAUGAUACAUGUUUAUAAAAAAUAAGCAUUUAAGCCCUUCCUGGAAUAGCCGAAAACGUUUCAUUAAUCGAAAUGAAAAGAGGAAGCGGAUUAGAACAAGAAGCAGAAUAAUAUUAACUUUACCUUUACGUAGGUUUAAAAAACGGUAUUUUAUUACGUGCCUCAGUAGAUUAAAUCACAGGCUCUCUUUCAGACACCAGAACUCGUGUUUUGAGUGGUGCGCCAGUAAGAACAUGCAAAUAUUAAGUUUAAGGAUAACCUGCUUUGUUGGCUUUGAAACUUAUACAUAAAACAGAAGUUGAUGAUAUUCCAGGGUCAUUACAUGCACACAAAGGAAAGCUUUUGGCAGGGUGUGGAACUUUCUUAAGAUAUUAUGAUAUUGGAAAAAAAAAGUUGCUUAAGAAGUCAGAAGUUAAAGGACUCUAGUCACCUAUUAAUGGAAUUUAAACAUUCGGAGAUCGUAUUUUUGUCUCUAUGGUGGGAGACGCAGUACAUAUUAUGAAACAUAAGUAAAAAGAAUAAACAUUUUAUGAAGUGUGUGAUGAUGUUUUGCCUAGAUGGAUGAGUGCAUUUUAAGUUUUGGAUUAUAGUACAUAUAUUGGUGGAGAUAAAUUUGAAAAUAUGUUUGUGUGUAGAAUUCCUUAAAAUGCUGAAGAAGAAAUGGAUGAAAAUCCAAUGUCUUACAAACUAAGAUGGGAAUCAGGUUAUUUGAAUGGAGCACCUUAUAAAACUGAAUAAAUAUGCUAAUUUUAUGUAGGAGAAGUAGUUACAACUUUCUAAAAAGCAUGUUUAGUUUCUACAGGAAAUGAGUGCAUAAUUUAUGGAACCAGCAUGGGAUCUAUAGGCGCUUUUUAUCCAUUUUAAACUAAAGAAGAUAUUGAUUUUUUUGUUCAUUUAGAAAUGUAUUUAAGAAUAGAUGUUUUGCCUCUUGCUGGAAGGGAUCAUGUUAUGUUUAGGGCAUUUUAUGGACCUGUUAAAUCUGUUAUUGAUGGAGAUUUAUGUGAAUAAUUUAUGAGGAUCGGAUAAGGUAAACAAAAAGUAUUGGCAGAAGAAAUGGAAAGAACUCCUGCUGAAGUACAUAAAAAAUUAGAUGAAAUAAGAAAUAAAAUUUUGUGA